GAAAGGCUAAAUGCAUGAAUACUCUGACAUAAUUGUUCUAAAAAAAAAACCCUCUGCCAUAAUUGAAUAAUAAAAAAAGUAGUAUUAAAGGAUAAAAAGGUCAAAAGUCCACAUAACGAAAAAAUCAGCGUAUUUGUGUGAAUUCACUUCUCUCCGGCGAAGUUCGAUCUUUCGCGAAUCGAUCUGAACAGAAGGGGUAAACACCACAGAAAGAGAUGGUGAGAGGAUUGCUCGGGAAACUAGCUAACCGCUCUCUCUCCGUCGCCGGAAAAUGGCAGCAGCAACAGCUACGCCGCCUCAACAUACACGAGUAUCAGGGAGCUGAGCUGAUGGGCAAGCAUGGUAUCAAUGUCCCAAAAGGUGUGGCUGUUGGAUCAGUUGAUGAAGUCAGGAAGGCACUGCGGGAAGUAUUUCCCAACCAAAGUGAGGUGGUUGUGAAGUCUCAAAUCCUUGCUGGUGGCCGAGGACUUGGAACAUUUAAAAAUGGUUUUCAAGGGGGAGUUCAUAUAGUAAAGGCUGACAAGGCUGAGGAUGUAGCUGGUAAAAUGCUUGGGCAGAUGCUUGUCACUAAGCAAUCUGGACCUGAAGGAAAAAUUGUCAGCAAGGUUUAUUUGGCUGAGAAGUUAUCCCUGGUCAAUGAGAUGUACUUUGCCAUAACUCUUGAUCGUAUAACUGCUGGUCCUCUUAUUAUUUCCUGUAAAAAGGGAGGAACAAGUAUCGAAGAUCUUGCAGAAAAACAUCCAGAAUUGAUUGUAAAGGUGCCUAUAAAUGUUUUCACAGGAAUCACUGAUGAGGAUGCUGCCAAGGUAGUGGAUGGUUUAUCCCCAAAGGUGGCUGAUCGAAAUGCUUCAAUUGAACAAGUGAAAAAGUUGUAUGAACUUUUCUGCAAAUGUGAUUGCACCUUAUUAGAGAUCAAUCCUAUCGCUGAGACUGCCGAUAACCAGUUAGUAGCUGCUGAUGCAAAACUAAAUUUUGAUGAUAAUGCUGCUUUCCGUCAGAAAGAGAUAUUUGCUCUUCGAGAUCCAACUCAAGAAGAUCCUCGUGAGGUUGCUGCAGCUAAAGCUGACUUGAAUUACAUUGGUUUAGAUGGAGAAAUUGGUUGCAUGGUAAAUGGUGCUGGUUUGGCCAUGGCCACAAUGGAUAUUAUUAAGUUACAUGGAGGAACACCUGCUAAUUUUCUUGAUGUUGGGGGAAAUGCUUCAGAAAACCAGGUUGUGGAAGCUUUUAAAAUUUUGACGUCAGAUGACAAAGUGAAGGCUAUUCUUGUGAACAUUUUUGGAGGGAUUAUGAAGUGUGACGUAAUAGCCAGUGGAAUUGUGAAUGCUGCAAAACAGGUUCAAUUGAAGGUACCUGUUGUUGUCCGUCUUGAAGGCACAAAUGUAGACCAAGGAAAGAGAAUUUUGAAGGAAAGUGGAAUGACUUUGAUUACCGCGGAAGAUUUGGAUGAUGCAGCUGAGAAAGCAGUGAAAGCCUCAGCAAAGUGAGGACAUGUUGUCUAGUUUGGCCAGAACUUAUCGAGGUCUCUUUUUUCACGCUUGUCCUUUUUGAGUAUAAUUUUUGUAUACCGAUUCAUUAUCUCCUUAGAAGUAGUGACUUUCGGUGAAAUUCAAGCCUAUCUUCAUCGGUGUGUGGAGAACUUUCAUAAUCAUUCUUGAUUUCUGAGACAGUAUCUUUUCUUUUUUCUAGUCUCAGAUGAGUUUUGUACUACCAGGAUCUUACGGCGAUUUUGUUCUUAUGCUGUAGACAUGGUUUUAUUUCUAUUCAAUAAUAGAACAAUGACUUAUGCCGUGGAGGUGAAAA